AGUCCGACAGUCCGACAUAUGCCUGUGAGGGAAUAUUACUAAGCUCAAGUUCUGCUCAACAAUUAAUGAAUUUUAGAUUUUACCCCUAUCUAAAUCUUCUCUUUACGAUUACCGCACCCAUCACAAUAUUAAUGGCAGGAACGAUCACUAGUACAAAAAAUUGUUAUCAUCUGGUGCUACUUUCUCAUGUACAUCAGUUUCCUGAACAUGGAAUUAUUCCCUUCCCGGACUCGGACUAGAGUGGUCACUACUGCCGUCAGUAUGGCAGAAACCUGGCUCCUAGCCGUUGUCCUAGUACGAAUUCCAACUACCCGCAGAAUUUGCCUAAAGGAUGCAAUUGUGCUUUCCAUACUAUGCUGGGCCUUCUGUGGAUUGUGGAUUGUAGCCCUGCAGAAUAAUGAUUUUAAGACCGUGGAGAUGUGGUCCACUGGCAGAUGUUCUAAAACAAAAUGCCUUUGAAUAAGUUCUACAUUGGCGUGGGCGCUGGAGUUUAUGAUCAUGUUGAGUUUCUGGGGGAAUUUGAAGUGGAAGCAUCCGAUUGCGACGGUUUGGUGUCUGGUCUCGGGCAUGCUGGAAGAGGUGUCUCAUGAUCUCAUCCCCAGCGAGAAUAAUCUGGACUUGUUUGCAUAUUCCUCGUUGCCCCAUGAAGAUCCUGAUCUGUCGUAUCUUUCAGACUGGGAACUUGACGAGAAGCCUGACAAACUCGAGGUCUGAAUGCUCGCAACAUUAGACUAUCUCGAAUUCUAGACCUGGCUUUUACAUAUCUUCGCCGAUAUUGCUGCAUAUGUCGUAGGCAUAUUAGGUGUACACCCACAAUACAGUUGAUUUCAAG